AACAAUUUAGACCGUUCUUAUCACUUAAAAUAUUUCUCUCCAUAUUUUGUAAACCAAAGUUCAUUAAUUUUGACCUCAAUGAGAUUCCUCUAGAAUAUUCAAGACAAAUAAUUUAUUAAACAAUUUUUUCUUCAUUUUCCUGAAUGUUUCAUAAAGAUUGCAAUUAUUAGUUGAAGGCGCAGUAUAAAAAGUUUACUUUUUUACGUACAUCAAGUACCUUGAUAAUUUGUUUAUUUGUAGGGACGCCGCGACAAAAGAAACCUACGUCACUUAUAUUAAUUUAUUGUUGCGUUGUAAAAGCCAGCCAGACGCAUAUAUGCAAUCAUUAUCGUGCGCGAAUAAGAUAAAGUAGUUCUCAACAAUGCAACACCCAAUAACUUUAUUGUACAGACGAGUGAGGACACCUCGGCUAAAUUGCACUACUUGCCCAAUACACGCCCAACGUCUCAGUCGCAAAAGAUGGAUAGGCUGAUCUUUGCUGUUGUCGUUCUAUCGCAGGUGGCUCGAAAUUUCUGCUCGCAGAGCCCCGAGUGUGCGCCAAACCAAGAAAUCAUCUGCCCGUCGAAUUCAACCUUUGCUUGGUGCUUGUACACCCUGCACCAAGACCCGUGCCCAAAAGACCUUUUCUGCGACCCUUCCCUUCCGUACAUCUGCUCCGAAGACCCUCCAGUGCAACCACCAACCGCGAUUCCGGACCCUGACGCUCCCUCGGACGAGUACCCUUUGCCUGGGUCUGAAGACGGCAAAACCUGGAACGCCAACGCAACGCCGCCGUCAACCUGCGACAAGCCAGGCCGCUUCCCUGACGUUGAUGACUGCUCCGUAUUCCACAUGUGUCUUCUUCCGAACCUGACGCACAUGCAGGUCAGCUGCCCUCAGGGUAGUCAUUUCAGCGCCAAGUUCGGAAAGUGCGUCGAACCGGAAAGAGCCAAGUGCGAGCCGCAGUUUCAAGAUUUUCACUGUUCGGAUAUUGGCCCCGUGCCUGACCCUGAGGACUGUUCCUCCUUCAGAAUUUGUCACCCUGACGACACUUGGAGGAAGUAUUCCUGUCCAUCGGGAUCGACUUUCAAUGCGAGACUAUCUCGGUGCUCAACUGGGCCCGAGGAAUGUGACCUGAGGGAUCUUGAGGAGAAACAAAAGUUUGUCUGUGUCUCCAAAGGGCUUUAUCCUGACCUCAAAGAUUGCCGAAAGUUUCACAUGUGCUUACCUUUGGAGGAUGGAUCUUUUGCUCAGGGACAGGCGAUUUGUCCAAGAAAUUCGGUUUUUAACGAGAUGACCAAAAGGUGCACAAUCGAUUUGAGCGUUUGCAACAACGCGCAGAAAUUCUGCCAUUUGAGACACGCUGGCAGGUACCCCAGCAAGGAAGGUUGCGCUUCCUUUUACUGGUGCGGCCCUGGAGGCGCUUAUCAGGAGUACGUCUGUCCUUACGGGAGCAACUUCGACCCCAGGAGCGGACGGUGUGAGUACGAAAGCAAAUCGCACUGCAGCAUUCAUCAUUUCAACUGUGGGAAAGAAGGAAAAUUCCCUGACGUGGAAAAUGAUUGCGACGGAUUCUUUGUGUGUUUGAAUUUCAAUAAUAAGUGGAAAGUGCAGAGGUACCGCUGUCCUCAGGGUACUAAAUUUGAUGUAAGCAAAGCGAGGUGUCUGCCAAAGGAAAUGGCUGUGUGCCACAAGCCUGUUAAAUUCCUGUGACAAUUUGUAAUUGGCAAAUAUUUUAAUUUAGACAAAAGCUAUAGAAUUUAAUAAUUUUAGUAUCAUAUUUUCAUAAAAGUAAUAAAGAGGAGAAGGUUUUAAUAAUAUUAUACAAUUAAUAGGAAGAAUAUUUUGAGCA